AUGAAGCGCAAGGAACGGAUUGACGCGGCAAUAACCCGCUUUGGUGUUCAUGGGCCGACAUUGUACAGCCAUGGCACGGGUCAACAUGUUGUGCGCGCCUCGUACGGAGUACUCCGUACUUGUCCGGAAAUGCUUGCAUGCGCCGUGCAGCUGGCACACCUCAACCGCACUUGGAUGACGAGUGAGCUGGCGUCAGGCGUUGCACAUGCAUCAAUUGAUGAUGCAUCAUUGCCUCCCAUUGCAGGGACGAUUUGGGCAAGUUUCUACGAGCAGGCGGGCAUCGAUCGAAGACUGGGCAUUGCCAUCAAUAAGGAGAAGGAUGGCGUCGGCUUUAUCCUGGAUGCCGAACUCGCAGCGCACUUCCCACUUUAUGACUGUGCUGCGUGGUCAGGGUUCACACAUUUGAUGCGACAACCCACGCAGGUUUUUCUUUCCAUGCUUCUUUCCUUCCCGGACCCUCAACAAGAAAUCUUGCCAACAAUUUGUCGCCAUCUGGUUCGGCAGCGCCACUGA